AUGAUUCUCUUUUUGCUUUUAAAUCUCUGCCUGAUCACAUCGGCACUCGACUUUCCUGACAUCGACAGCAAGGUAAUCACACCGCUCGGUGGCCACAACGUGACAACGGAAAGGCUAAAUCAAGGCUUCGGAGUGGAGUUCUGUUUGAUAGGAAAGACGGGCAUCACGAUCACCCAAUAUAUUCUCUGCGAUGUACUCAGAGAGUACAAGGGUAUUCCCUAUGUGCCACAAUACAAACGACAGCUUCACUACAAAAAUGAAUGCCGAGAACACAAAAACUAUCGCUUUAUCCGAGGAUCAACAUGGGCGCGUCCAACUUCUGAACCUGUUGUGCGUUUCACUCUGGUUCGCGAGCCGCUUGACCGUUUCAUAUCACUCUACGGAUUCGUAUGCAAAUACCGAUCCGAAUGCCCAGCGGAAAUCCGGAACAUUCAUCGUUUUGCUCGCUGGCUCUAUCACAAGCAAAAGAUGGCACUUGCCGGCAAGCGAUUCCCGUCUGAACGUCUUGAAGACAUUUUGGCACAUUCUUGGCCUCAAACAAGUUUUUGUGGCCUAAAAGAUAAGAUGAGCGAUCUUACCUUUGUGCAUCACUCGACGAAUCGAACAAAGAUGCAAGACGAGAUGAUGAGCGUUUUCGAUAAAGCUCAUGUCCCCGCGGAAGUCGCCAAAAAAGCACUCGCUCAUUUGACUCGAUCGAGCACGGCUCACGCUGGAAAGAGCGAGAGCAAGCGGGCACUACUCGAGGAGAUCAAAGGGAACGCCGACACAAUGCGCUACAUCAACGCCAUGUAUCACGAGGAUUUCGAGUUCUUGAAGACACACACUUUUACU